AUGGCUGAGCAGCACUUCCUCUUUGGGGUCUGGAUCAACCGCACUAUUGCUGCUAAAAUUGGAGAUAUUCCUCACUUGAAUAAUUCUACAACACUCGUGGACCCGUCAGUUUAUGGUUAUGGAGUGCAGAAACGGCCCCUUGAUGAUGGAGGUCUCCGUGUAAGUGGGCUCCAUGGAGCACAGAUAAGAGAUACAGAGAGAAUAGGUAACCAGUUAGGGGCCCUGGUACAUCAAAGGGCUGUAAUAACAGAAGAUUUCAAAGUGCCUGAUAAAAUGGUUGGAUUUAUAAUCGGCAGGGGAGGUGAGCAGAUCUCACGGAUUCAGAUCGAGUCUGGCUGCAAAAUUCAAAUUGCUCCAGACAGUGGUGGGAUGCCUGAGAGGCCCUGUGUGCUCACCGGGACGCCAGAGAGCAUUGAACAAGCAAAACGGCUACUGGGGCAGAUUGUAGAUCGCUGUCGGAACGGACCUGGUUUUCACAACGAUGUUGAUGGCAACAGUACGAUUCAGGAGAUUUUGAUCCCGGCAUCCAAAGUGGGUCUAGUCAUCGGCAAAGGAGGUGAAACAAUAAAACAGUUGCAGGAGCGAACAGGUGUGAAAAUGAUUAUGAUCCAAGAUGGUCCAAUGCCUACUGGAGCAGAUAAACCUCUCCGUAUUACUGGAGAUGCAUUUAAAGUACAGCAAGCAAGGGAAAUGGUACUGGAGAUCAUCCGAGAGAAAGAUCAGGCAGACUUCCGAGGCGUACGCAAUGAUUUCAGUUCUAGAAUGGGAGGAGGCAGCAUAGAGGUCUCUGUGCCCAGGUUUGCUGUUGGAAUUGUAAUAGGAAGAAAUGGAGAAAUGAUCAAAAAGAUUCAGAAUGAUGCUGGAGUUAGGAUUCAAUUUAAACCAGAUGAUGGGAUUAGUCCUGAAAGAGUCGCACAGGUCAUGGGGCUUCCUGAUAGGUGUCAACAUGCAGCACACAUCAUCAGUGAGCUUAUUCUUACAGCACAGGAACGAGAUGGCUUUGGAAGUUUGGCUGUAGCCCGGGGAAGAGGUCGUGGCCGUGGGGACUGGAGUGUUGGAACACCUGGGGGCAUGCAGGAAAUAACCUACACGGUGCCAGCUGACAAGUGUGGUCUCGUUAUAGGCAAAGGUGGUGAGAACAUCAAAAGCAUAAAUCAGCAGUCAGGAGCUCACGUGGAGCUCCAGAGAAACCCACCUCCAAACACAGACCCUGGUGUACGAAUAUUCACAAUCAGAGGAGUUCCCCAGCAGAUUGAACUCGCUAGACAUCUCAUAGAUGAGAAAGUUGGUGGUACCAGCAUGGGUGGACCUGGAGGAUUUGGUCAGAGUCCGUUCAACCAAGCACCCACUACACCUCAUCAAAAUGGUCCUCAGGCGUUCAUGACGCAGGGUUGGGGCAGUACCUACCAGACGUGGCAGCAGCCUGGACAGCAAGUCCCAAAUCACAAUGGUACCCAGUCAGGCCAGGUGGAAUUCACCAAGGCAUGGGAAGAUUAUUAUAAGAAACUAGGCCAACAGAGCCAGCAGCAGAACAGCCAUCCCGAUUACAGCAAAGCAUGGGAGGAAUAUUACAAAAAACAGAGUCAUGCUGCCAGCGCUGCUUCUCAGGCAAGCUCCCAGCCGGACUACACGAUGGCCUGGGCAGAGUAUUACAGACAGCAGGCUGCCUACUAUGGGCAGACACUAGGGCAGGCGCAGGCCCACAGCCAGGAGCAGUAGAACAACGUCCUCGUGGCCAUCGUCGCUGUUUGGUUUCUCCCUCGGAAUCAUUGUGGAAGAAAACCUUUUUGUAACAGAGGUUUCUAGAUUUGCAACGUUUUGAUGAAGACUUUUCUGUUUGUUUGUGAAACACUAGCUGUAGGAUAAUCCAUACUGAACUUUUCUAAGAAUCAGGAGCAAUUAGUAACGUACUAAACUUACGGACAUGCUGGUAAUUUUGUUUCUAAAUUUGUACAAAACGGCAAAAA